AGGAAGACGAGUUUCCCACCAUGCAGAAGUUCACGUUUAUUCUGGGGCUACUAGCGGCUGGUGUACCUGCUCUCCUCGGUCAAGAUCUACCACCGUUUACGGACAGGAAUUGCCGAACUGAUGCUUAUCCUCCACAAGCAAGCGAUGCCGCUCCUAAGUUCGUCUUCAAUAUGGACCUGGACCCAAAAGAUAGAUGGACCGAGCUGGUUCAACCAAAAUCAGCAAAUAUCAGUUUCCUAAUCGAUGACAUCAAAAGCCUAGUGGGACUCCUUCUAGGCAAGAAACUCACCUCCGAGGUUAUAAACGAUCUUUUUGGUCCGGUUGUGACGAGUCUCCCAGACCCAUAUGAUCGUGAACUACAGGGCAUCGCCGAGGCGACUGGGAUCCCCAUUGGUGAGAUCGUCAUGAUGAAUAUUUUCUACGAAAUAGAAUCCUUCUGCACUGCUGUAGUGGCACAGGAUAUGAAGGGUGACAUCUAUCAUGCGAGGAAUAUGGACUUUGGACAAUUCAUAGGGUGGGAUGUAAAGACAGAUCAGUGGAUCAUCACCGAGAGACUGAGGCCAUUGGUUACCAAUGUGGAGUACCAGAAAGGAGGCAAGGUAGUCGCUAGAGCAGUCCACUUCGCUGGUUACGCUGGAAUACUGACUGGAUUAAAACCGGGUGUGGUCAGUCUGAACAUCAACUCCCGUCACAAGCUCAAGGAUAUCGGCUUCCUUGGUUUUAUUGAGUGGAUCUUAGGAGAUCGCAAAGCUUACUGGACAGGGUUCGCUCUCAGGGAUGCGAUACUAAUGGCGACAGACUUUAACAGUACCGUCGAGCAUCUUUCUACAGUGGAUACCAUGGUACCUUCAUACCUCACUGUAGGCGGUGUGAACCCGGGAGAAGGCGCGGUCAUCACUAAAGCCAAGGGCAACACAUCUGAUGCGAUCAGAAGAAUAAAUGCUGAUCAGGGGAAAUGGUUCGUGGUCCAGACCAAUUAUGACAGUUGGAAGAAUCCGCCAUUUUACGAUGACAGACGAGAUCCUGCCAUCAAAUGCAUGAAAAACAUGACACAAGCGAACGUGAGUUCGAAGAGCUUCUACAAUGUGUUGUCAACCAAGCCAGUUCUGAAUAUGCUCUCCUUGUUCACUGCUUUGAUGCACGUAAGGGAAGGGACACUGGACACCUACAUUCGCCACUGCCCCCAGCCAUGUUACCCAUGGUAACCAGACCACGCCCACAAUGUAUUCACAACGAACGAUAUAAUUAUCAUGUCUGCCCUGUUUCAUAAAUCUUACCAUCAAUAACUACUGUCACAUUUUGUAACACAAAUUUCCUACAGCCAUUAAAAUACGAUGAUCACGAAGCUUAUAUAACCGUUAUGUUCUAUGAAACAGGACCAUAUACCAAAUAUAACUUUCUUUGGUCAAGACUAGAAUCCCCAAGAUUUUUGCCUUACUGAAUUAUCUUAACAGUGUUCAAACGGGAUCCAAACAGUACUAUCUAUCAUUUUUUUCUUCAAAAGAAAAGUAUAAGUAGCAAGUAACUUCUUCUACGGUGUAGACGAACUCUGGUCGAGGGAUGUCAAUAACAUAAUUGUGAAGGCCUACAUGACUGUGAUAUUAAGAUCUAGAUUGUGAAUAGUUGUAGGUCUACCUAUGUAAUAAACGAAUAAUGGCGGGGUUGUGUAAAUCUACGGCAAACCAAACUGGUACAGGUAACAGCGCCAACGAUACACAAUAUGCUACAUUUUUAGAUUUGGUUAAAAAUUAAAGCUCGUUGUUAAUGCUAGUACUGAGAUAUUAGUAUAUAGAGCGAGAGGGAAAGAGAGAGAGAGAGAGAGAGAGA